GUGAAUAAUCAACAGAGGAAGAAAACCCGACAGAAGCACACAAUGCAGUUUGACUGCUACGGGUUAUCCGCCCAGGCUUCAUGGAUGUCUCUAAUAACAAGAAGAAAUUAAUGUAUUCUAAUUUGACGAUCGGGGCGAAAAGUAAGCUCUUAUAAAACUAUUUCAACGUUUCGUUUGAGGGAAAGCAAGCUUGUGCUGCUGAGACCGGCGAAAUCUCCGGCUUUACCAGACUGAGUGGCUCACACAACGGGCCGCGGAAGGAGGUGCCCGGCCGGCGCUGACGGAGUAGCGCUUAACAUCCCUGACGGCGCAACUCCAGCCCGAGGCUUCGAGGGCCGUUUUAUAUUAUUAUCGUUUUAAAUGGAGGCUUGGACGAAAGCAGAAGGGAAAAUGGCCCUCUGUAGUGCUCGAGUGGUGGGUGUGAUUGGCAAUUUAGUUGUUUUUAUUCAUGCCUAUGCCUUUUAGGCAUUGUUAGAAAAACAAGAACGGGUGGGUUUGUUUUGUGGAAGAAGAGUCAAAAUGCGCUUUAUACGGGGUUAUUAAAACCCGUCGCACAGUCUUGUUCUCUUUUUUCCUUAUCUGCUCGUCUAAGAUAGCUAACGGGCUAGUGUGAGCUUUAUAAAUAGCAUUCUUUUUUUUUUAGCAUUUGUAAACAGUUUUGGUUUGAGGGUUGUGCGAGAUUUGACGGUUAGAUUAAUGCCCUAAAAUGAAAGAAAUAGUUAAUUUCCUUCUCUUUGAAAGGUGGGGUGUCAACGAAGUACAGGCUUAAUGAUUAACGUUAGCUUGUUUUAUUAGAAUCGUAAGUUGUAUAUUAGCAAACACAUUUCGAUUGCUACACAGAUGUUUUACAAUAUAAAUAAUGACUUUGACUGGGGAUGAUCGAUAUUUGUUAUUAGUUAUGUGGUAAAUGUAGCACCAAAUACGUUGUAGAUAGUGUUGCCUCGCCUAGUUGUUUACACCGGAUAAAUCGUCAUUAUAAGUGACAGUAUUUGAAUAACAUUUUACGUACUGUCAUUUAAAGUACGGUAAUCCGAAAUAUUACUCUGCAUAUUUCUUGUUUGUUUAGAAACGAGCGUAAUCCGUGAUCCUAGCAAGGUUAGCUAACUAGCAAGCUAACAACGUCAGGUGAAAGGCUAGCUAACCGAGAACACGAUUUUCAUGCCUAUUAACCGAUUUGUUAAAUGAUUUACACCCAGAACAGGCUAAAAUUUAUUCGUUUAGAAAGGUUGUCAUAUCGGACUUUAUUUGUACCCAUCGUCCAACGUUUAGCAUUUACUCGCCUUUCACAAACGAAAACUCAGCCCCAACUUGAGAGGUAAGGUUACCAUGUCUGUCGACAUAUUCUCUUUCAUGGUAGUGCACGUCUUGCACGUAUGCAUUGCUCACAUUAGCUGUUGAAUUUUACUUAUACAUUUUAGACUUGUUUCAGUCGUUUAUAAUCUCGUGUGGUUCACUUACAACAGCCAGUGCAUGUUUUCUUACUUGGCACACCAGCCAUUGAGUUGGUCUUUAAAAGCCUGCACUGACUGCGCAACUGAUGUGUGCUUUUUUCUUCCCCAGAUGAAUGUGACAAUGUCUUGACAGAAAGAAAAUUACUUGAAUAUCUAGAAGCAUUCAUAAUCGGUGUGUUGUUGGAUAAAACGGGCCCAGACAUGACUGUACUCGUACUGCGGUGUGCUCCCACCUUCAUGCCUCCACUAAACUCUAUUAAAUUAUAAGACAGCAAAAAUAAAUCGCAUUUCCAUCCCACAACACUGGUCCUGGGCGUGUUCCUUUUUAUUAAUAAUAGUUGUAAACUGUCUCAAGCCGAACCAGGGUUUAUUUUCUAAGUGCCUUUGUGUGGACAUUGGUGCGGUGCUUUGACAUGGACGGUCCCAGUCGAAGCGGUGGGUUCAGGCAGAGCCGUCGCUCCCGCUCCCAACGUGACAGAGAGCGGCGGAGGAGGAGAGCGGAUCUUGCUGAGCCCUCGUCGCCAUCCUCUGCCUCGGACCAGGAGCUCUGCAGACGAGACUCACUGCUUAGAGCCGGCGGAGAAUGCAGACCCGGCUUCCACGGCGCGAGACACCGGCCUCCACGUCGGAGAAAGCGAGAAUCCGUGUCGUGCGAGGAGGAUAUCAUCGAUGGCUUUUCCAUAGCCAGCUUCAUAAGCCUGGAGGCUUUGGAGAUGGACUGUUCUCUGAAGCCACCAGAACGAUCUAGCUUGUUAAUGGGUAGAGGAAGCAAAAGGAAGAGGGGCCUGGAUGAAAACGGAGGGCCUCUGUCAGAGCGGGAGGAAGGACCUCCUUCAACCUUCACCAACAGCUGGGAACAGCGCAGGAAAAUCAAAUCAAAACUGAGGAGAAAGGGAGAGGCUAAGAUGUCUGGGAAUCACAUGGAGACAGGUUACAUUUGUGACACAGAGAGUGAAUCUGGAGAUAAGGCUUCGGAUAAUAUGGAGCCAGCGUUUAUCAUCCGCACAAGAGAAGCAGUUAACUCCAACAUGACGGGCUCUGCGGCAGCCAACGGUUGCCCUCUCUUGCCCGCGAAUAGCUCUCAACCCCUUCUGUCAGUCACACCUCGGGUCUCUGGUCUGGAGAGAAGUCAAGAGAGGAGUAUGGAGCAGCCUUACCCUGAGCCCAUCUCUACCUCAUCCUCCCUUUCCAGCCUAACAGCCCAUUCCACUGCCUCUGUGCCCACCUCACUUCCUGAACAGCGUAAUGGAAAUGCAGGUCCUCGUCACCGCCGUGAUCAAAGCCCAACACAGCACAAACACAAGCCUUUCCUCCCUAUGUUUGAAAAGUCACACUCGUUCUAUACAAUGGGAAGCAACAAUAGGUCAGUAAGGAGCAGUACCUCAGGCAAGCCUCCAUCUUCUUCUGCCUCUUCAUCAUCAAUUAGGCCACCUACACCUGCUACAAGCGUGUCCCUCAGCCGAGGGCCAGGGGGUGUGAGAACAGUACGACCUUCUUCUCGACCAAGUCCUGGUGCUGUCUUCACACAAUCCCCCAGCCUUCCUCCACCUCCUCCUCUCCUGCAGGUGUCACCACACCGUUCGACAGAUCCAGACCUGAUCUGUCAGGACCUGACAGAAUCUAAUGCUACACCCGGAGGACCGUCUGUGUCAAGCUCAAGCUCUGGGACCUCCAGCAGAUCCUCACAGGCCCAGGCAUCCAUUCCCACGAUGGCCUACCAGUUCCAUCAGCACAACCACCAGCACCAGCACACUCAUACUCACCAACACUUCUUACAUCCCACAGCAGCUGCACCUCCACUGUUUGAUCAGGGCAAGUAUCCGGGCAAGAUAGAGGGGUUUUUUCGACACCCGUUCUUUCCUCAGUACCCACCAUCUGUGCCUGGAAUACAGCCUGUUCAUCCACCCACAGGACCUUUCAGUUCAUUGGGGGGAGCUUUUCAGCCUAAGCUUGUUAUCCUUCAGGGAGCUGCUCCAGAGAUGACUCCUGGUUUGGGAGUUGUACCUACCCAUCUACAACCUAAAACUACAAGGCUAACAGACCCAUUUGCACCUCCAAAAGUCAGUAAUAAACCAGGAAAAUGGUGUGCUAUGCAUGUCCGUGUGGCCUGGAUGAUAUUAAGGCAUCAAGAGAAAGUCAAGCUUAUGCAUGCUGAUCCACAAAAGCUGGACUUCCGUGAUGACCUGUUGCCUCGUCUACCUGGCCCUGGUAUUGGAGGACUAGGAGGUCUAGGACCACUUGGUGCCCCGCUUGGCCCAACUCAUGAUCUUACAAGACCAGGCCUGUUUGCAGCUGCUGGUGGAGUCAAUCCGUCCUCCACACCAUUCAUGCCUCCAUCAACGCCCCACUCUUCAUUCCUCAACCCAGCAGCACAUCUGGACCCAUAUGUGCGCUCGCCCCCCUUUUCCUCGCUGGGAGCUCUGGGUUCUGGUGCCUUUGGGGGCUUAGGCAGUCCCACGAUAGCUGCCAGUGUUUUUGGACAUAAGGCUGAGUCCUCUGCAAGUGGGGUCGGAGGUUUAGGCAACCCCCACGAUCCAUGGAAUCGUCUGCACGUUGCCCCUGCCUCCUUCCCUUCUGGAUCCACUUGGGCCAAAGGACCAGAGAAAAGGGAUGACAGAGGAAAGGCCCUGGAGAGAAGAGAACUGACUCAUAUAAAAGAUGAAAAAGACAGAGACAAUUUCUUGUAUGGACGGCAGCCAGUGCGAAUGUCUCCUGGUGUCCCUUCCCUCAAGCACCGCAGCAGCACCCCCAGUUCACACACGAAUGGCUUGGGCCCACUGAGCGGAGGUGCAUCUGAAAGCCGAGAGCGUGAGCGAGAAAGAGAGUCGGACAAGAGGCAACAUUCUGCAUCUAGAGCACAGACUUCGUCUUCCUCUGCAGCUCCGGAACGACCUCGAUCUUCAACAUCGUCUAUCCUCACAACCUCUCCUCCCAGUGCCCCCUUAGCCCCCUCUCCUCUGGAGCUGUUUCACCGGCAGCCACCACACACUCUCAACACAGAAUCCAGCCAUUCUUCACAAAGAGAGAACAAUAGACCAGCCUCUUCCUCUGCUAGUUCACUUCCAGUCAAGAAACCUGAUCCGACCACUACGGUAACAAAACCUGCACUUGGUCUAAACUCUGGGUUGCUCCUUCCCCAAUUCAAGGUCAAAGAGGAGCGUAAAGAGGAGCCUGAGCCGGUGCCCAUCUCCUUACCACAUCCUGCUGUACCUCAGCACAGCUUCGAACGACCUAGUACCAGACACCCCCACCAUCAAUCCACCCCUUCUUCAACCCUCUCACUGACUCCUACACCUAGCGGGCCUCUCCCUCCAACUCCACACAAUCCACACAAUCCACACAAUCCACAUAAUCCACACAAUCCACACAAUCCACACAAUCCCCAUCAUCACUUAUCUCUCUUAGAACGUUCACGGGCUAUCGAAGCCUAUCUCGGGAGUGCUGGAGGAUCAGCUGCACUGGUAAUAGGUGCUGAUCGGUUCCCACCACAUCCACACGGUCCACCUCAAGGUCAUUCCCAAGCCUCUCAUAGCUUUCCCUGGGACCCUUGGAGGGAUCUGGCUGCCCAACAACAGCAGCAGCAACGCAGGGAUGUAUUGACUCUGAGGUCAGAUCCACACCUUUUGCUUCGCUCAGAUCCACAUAUGUCUCGGUUGCUCCAUCAUCAACAGGUACAGCGCUAUUUGGAGGCAGAGAGAGCUGCAGUAGCAUCCAGCCCACACCAUCAGCCAGUACCUACCUCUACAUCAUCUGCUUCUUCUGCAGCAAACAGACAAGAGUUUGCUUUGAUGUCCCAUCAUUUUGAAGAGGAACAACGCGCUCAGAUAUUGCGGGAAGACUAUGAGAGAACACGAUACUUCGGGAUGCAUGCACACCUGUCCGCACCUCACCUUCCUGGCCCAUCUCAUGCUGCUCACCUAGAACAGCUUCAUGCAGGGCUACUGGCUCACUCUCAUCUCCACCCGGGCGGAGCAUCCGCACCUUCACAUCACCCUGGCCUCUACUCUAGACUCGGACCUCUGCAUGCACACUCUCAUUUACCUAAUGGCAUUCUGACUAAGAGCCCAGGUCUGAUGGGGGCAUUGUCAGUUGGGGCUCCACCUCCUCUUAUUCCAUCUGUGAACAGAUCUUCUACUCCACCACGUGGCUCUAGACUUGGUGGGGCAGCAGACUUGGCCCUUUUUACCACACAUAAAGAUGGGGAGUCCAGAUAGUACUAGGUAAAGCACUAGGUUAAGCUUAAGGAGUUGAAGUAGAACUGUGCUAAAGAAACCACUUCUCCUGUGGAAAGGUUUUGCAAGGACACUCGUAAAAGAGCUAAGCUUCGAAUGACCAUACUCAAGUGUUUUGAAACGACCUGGGGAGAACGGAGAGACUUCCCAGGGAUGUUUGAUAUAUUUAUCCACUGUGCAUUUGUUGGUGCAAUUAAGGUACUCUCUUGCUGUGCCCUGGUUUAUCUAGGGGUUUCAUUUCUGAAAGGCCUGUGGAUGUUCAAAGACUACACGUUACUGGUAAUAAAAUGAAAACUGGCUUUCUUGAAGAGUGAUGGAUCAAGAAUCGUGUUCAGAUAUACAGUUUUCAUUUUUACAAAUCACUAGAGACCUGUUUCUCUAAGUGAACUACUGUAGAGUUAUGGUCCUGAUCUUUGCGUUUGAAGAGAAAUCAGACCCUGACUGAAAUAGUCAAGUACUUCUCAUUGUGUGAAUCUGCACUGUUGGGAAAUGUAUGAAUUUGAAGAAACACCAGUCAUCAUGGUUUUAAAUAUUCAAGUCAACCUUCAGGCAUCUUCCAUGAACAACAGAAUGAUCUUAAGAUUUAUUUUAUUCGUUCAAAAAAGUUAUUAUGAACUGUACAUCUUGUCGGAUAAUAUUUUAAAAUUUUAAGGGAAAGAACUGUCUCCCAUUCAUUAGUCUGAUUCUGUAAAGGAGCUGGGUCAGAAUAUAGUAGAAUAGUGAUAUUGCUUUUGUAAUAAUUAUUGUUAACAUUAAUUAACUUCCAUAAUAAAUAUAUUCACUGUU